AGGUCUUUUUCAGGUAUCACUGAGUUCGGGUUUUGGGUUUUAGCUCCGUCGGAAGAGAGAAGAAGAAGGAAGAUGGGGAGAAGAAUACUGAAUGAAGCACUCAGAUCAAUGGUGAAUGCCGAGAAAAGAGGGAAAUCCAUGGUGGAGUUGAAGCCUAUCUCCACUGUAAUGUCUUCUUUCCUCAAUAUCAUGAAAAAUCGAGGCUAUAUUAAGGAUUUUCAAGUUUAUGAUCCACAUAGAGUGGGGAAGAUAACAGUUCAACUACAGGGGAGGAUUAAUGAUUGUAAAGCACUUACUCACAGGCAGGACAUCAAGGCUAUCGAAAUUGAGGAGUACAAAACACGUACUCUUCCAACGCGACAGUGGGGUUAUGUCGUGAUUACAACUCCAGAUGGCGUUUUGGAUCAUGAAGAGGCUCUUAGACGCAACGUUGGCGGUCAAGUUCUGGGAUAUUUUCACUAAUCAACAUUGUAUGUAUGACAGUUUUCACCGGCAAAAGGGUGUUAUGGUCAAAAGAUAAUUAGGGACAUAAAUUCAUUUUUCCUCAACUGAAGUGACAGGCCAAGUUUAAGUUUGUAUUACCUUCUAUAAUGUCUUGGUCGGUAUUGCUGCAUGAAGUGUUUUCUCUAGUUAAAUUGAGGACAUGGGACGUUUUAAUCAGCAUCCAAACUUGUUGUUACCCCUUUCCUUGUGUAGAAAUAGUUUUUGAUCUGCAUCUAAAUCUGAUCCCAAAGGACAGGAUCAUUUUACAGACCUUGAUAAAUGAUUGGAUAAGAAAGUAAAUCGAAUUUGGUUCUUUUAAUA